CAGCGCCGCCUUUCCCGGAGGAUGCAGAGGGCACAGCCAUGGAGAAGAAGCCGCGCUUCUCUCGAAGGGAGUUUCCUCCCAGGGAGGUGUCGCCAGUCUCGUUGGCAUUACUGUUUGCGGCCAUCCUGCUGCUCAAUGCCCUGCUCUACCUGUACCUCAGCACGUUCGACGGCUCUUCGGGACGCAGCGAAACAGACCCCGGCCUCUGCCCGUCUGGGUACUUCAGGCUGGGAGCGGUGAAGAACUGUUCCCCGUGGCUCUCCUGCGAAGCCAUCAAUAGGGAAGUCAGGAAACUCAAGUGUGUUGGUGAAGGUGCUGUGAAAAAGGUCUUCCUUUCUGAGUGGAAGGAAAACAAAGUGGUCCUUUCAGAGCUCACCAACUCAGACCUGAAGGAGGACUUUCUCCAUGGACUGAAGAUGCUGAAAGCACUUCAAAGCAAGCACGUUGUCCGGCUGCUUGGCUACUGUGAGCAGCAGUUCACAAUCCUCACUGAGUACCAUCCUCUAGGCUCCCUGAGGGGCCUGAAUGAAACUCUCCACAUCCCCAAGUACAAGGGCAUGAACACCUGGCAUCGCAGGUUGAUGCUUGCUAUAGACUAUGUGAGUGUCAUUCAGUACCUGCACAGCAGCCCUCUGGGCACCUUAGUGAUGUGUGACUCAAAUGACCUGGACAAGGUCCUCUCUCAGUAUCUCCUAACAAGUGACUUUCACAUCCUGGUGAAUGAUUUGGACGCUUUGCCUGUUGUGAACAGGAGUGCUGGCAAGCUGGUGAAGUGUGGUCAUCGGGAGCUCCGGGGCGAGUUUGUAGCUCCUGAACAGCAUUGGCCCUAUGGAGAAGAAGUGCCAUUCAAGGAUGACCUCAUGCCUCCGUAUGAUGAGAAAACAGACAUCUGGAAAAUCCCAGAUGUCUCAAAUUUUUUCUUGGGCCAUGUUGAAGGAAGUGACGUUGUGCGACUGCAUUUGUUUGACAUCCAUGCAGCAUGUAAGAAGCAGGACCCAGCCGAAAGGCCUUCUGCCCAAGAGGUCUUAGACACCUACAGGAAGGUUUUAACUCUGCUUAUUCGGGAGGCAGCCAUGCCUAGUACUAGGGAAAUGUUAUAGUGAAUCAUGAGACAAAGAACAUACUGAAGUUAAUGUCCUUCCUAUUUAUUUAGCUUGCCUGAAGAACAGAAUCAUUGUCCCCAAAACUGAGAAGAAAAGAACAAGUGAAGUUGUACGUUUUGAUUUAGAAAAAAAAAUAAAUCUACCCAGUGCCAGA